CAGUGUGGGAUGCGCAGCCCGGCGCUAGGCUGUCGUCACGUGGUCCAGUGCCAGCUGCUACCUAGAGCUACGGCGAGACAGGCAAGGAGCGAGGCUGCAGCUGUCAGGAUGGCUGUUGCUCCACCGAGUUUUACAUUUGUGUUCUUCCCACCUGCCACUGAACAAGGCCAAGUAAUCUUUGGAAAAAAUUCUGCAAGGCCAAGAGAUGAAGUGCAGGAGGUGGUAUAUUUGCCAUCUGUUGACCACAGCCCAGGAUCUAAAACAGAGUGUACUUAUAUAGUAAUUGAUCAAGUUAAGAGAACAAAUGCAGUUGUGCUUAGUAGACCCGCAUGGCUUUGGGGGGCAGAAAUGGGAGCCAAUGAUCAUGGAGUCUGCAUUGCAAAUGGAGCUGUUUAUACCAGAGUCCCUGCUGGCAGGACAGAAGCUUUGCUUGGAAUGGACUAUGUCAGGCUUGGAUUAGAAAGAGGAUCAACAGCCAAAGAGGCUUUAGACACAAUAACAUCCCUUCUAGAAAAACAUGGUCAGGGUGGAAACUACUAUGAAGAUGGUAGUGCAUGCCAUUCUUUCCAGAGUUCUUUCUUGAUUGUGGACAGAACUGAAGCUUGGGUUUUAGAGACUAUUGAGAAGUAUUGGGUAGCUAAAAGAAUCACAGAAGGAGUUGUGAAACUAUGCAAUAAAUUGUCUAUAACCACACAUAUUGAUGCAGAACAUCCAAAUCUUAGGAAAUAUGCCCAGGAUCAGGGCUGGUGGAAUGAUGUCCAAGAGUUUGAUUUUUCAAAAGUGUUUUCAUUGCCUAAUGAAGAAGUAGCACUGAGUCCAUGUAGCAAUCAAAUAGGUAACAUUACACCUCAGGCUGCUAUUGAACUCCUGCGAGACAGAGAAUCUGGUGUUCUUGUGGAUUCAGACUUCUUUCUCACCACAGCUAGCAUGGUAUCUGUCCUACCUGAAAGUAACAGUUCAUCUUGUGUCUACUUUUUCACUGCCACACCUGAUCCAUCAAGGUCUAUAUUCAAACCCUUUAUUUUCGUGGAGGAUGUGAAACUUGUUUCAAAAGCACAAUCUCCUUCUUAUGGGAAUGAAGAUCCAGUUAAGACAGAACCUCGCUUUCAGAGCCAAGUUGACCGCCGGCACGAAUUGUACAAAGCUCAUGAAUGGGCAUUACAAGUAAUUGAUAGUGAAGAGGAUCAUGGGCAGAAGCUGAAGGAAACUAUGUUAGACCUGGAGAAACAAGGACUAGAAGCCAUGGAGGACAUCCUAGCCAGCAAAGAGCCAGUUGAUCCUGCUGAAGUUGCAGACCUUUUCUAUGACUGUGUUGACACCGAGAUCAAGUUCUACAAGUGAGGGUCUGGACACAAGCACCGAUAGCCUUUACAAUGAUUUCUCCUCGUCCUCCAAGCCUUGUUUGAGGUGGUCAUUGCAUUUGCUGGACUUUGAGACACAGUCAUGUCUGUUUAGACUGGAGUUUCCUCAGCCAAGCCCACCAAAAGCUCACCAUUGCUUUUGCAUCAGACUGUGAUUUGUUCCUGUUCCUUGUUGUGUUAGAAGAAAAGUUAUGGGCUGAAUGGUAAGUGUGUGCAUGUAGGAAGACUUGAGGUGUGUUUCACUGUUCAGUACGUGUAGUGUCACUGCUCAUUCAUACAGAAAACAAAAUAAAACAAAACACAACUGUAAAAAGGUUAAGUGCAGCACAUUGACAGAAUAUACUGUAGAUCAUGGAGAUUCCAACUAAAUAAUUUUAUGUUGGUGACUAAAUAAAUUGUUAAUUUAUUAUUCAGAUAAUUGGGAAUAGAAAAUAAAAAAGAAUAAUUCACAUCUGCAUGACUGUAUAGGUCCAUUGGAGUAACCCCUUCACAGGUUUUCUUUCUGAAACUUAAAACAAGAUGUUAGUGACCAUAGUGAACAUAGCCUCUUACCUCGUGUUUGCUUUUUUACAUAUAGAAUGUACAUUGGUGAGGUACAUGGCGUAUUUGGGGUUAUUGCUUGCAGUCACACAAGUGUAAUGUUAUGAAUAGAAGAGAGUAGGGUAGUGAAACAAAGAACUGAGGGAAAGCAGAGUAAAAAUGGCAAAGGCAACUUGAGAAAUGUCAACACUCUGCUAGUCAUACGAUACGUGAGGCAAGUUCUAAUAAGGCUGUGGAAUUCCUCAACAGGAGUAGCAUGGCUCUUUUUCCACAAUGCUCAGAUAACGGAAUUCUCCCACUAACUUUACAAACCACUAAUAACGAUGAAUGUGUGAUCAACUGAAGUGUUGCUUCUGCAGAGCUUAUGUGACAAAAUGCCUUCUGGAGAGUCUGUGAAAUUACGCACCGUCUUCAUGGCUGUUAUCUCUCAUUGCACAAGGCACCUGCUCAUUAUGUCUGCUUGUCAUGGUUUAAUUGUCUGGGUCUCUUAAAAUAAUGGCAUUCAUCAACAUGCUUAAUAACCACCUUAUUCUGAAUUGAAGCAAAUCUGUUGUGUUUCAUCUGUAUUUCCUUCAGUAAGGCUAAAUAAACUUAUGAACACCUAAACCAA